AACCCAGCGGUAGGCUGAUUCACUAUCGAUCACUCGGAAAAAGUCUGGAGGGCGGAGGUGGGGAGGAUAGAUUUCCGUACGGAGGACGAUCGCGUAGUGUGUAUGUGUGUGUGCGUGUGUGUGCAUGUGUGUGUGUGUGUGCCUAUGGUGUGGUCGGAGCACGGAUUGAUCCUCGCCUCGCUCUCGCGCUCGGACUGUAAGAAGAAGAACUCUAAAAGUGUGGCUUGAAUCCACAAAUCCAGAAACGCACUCUGUGUUUUCACCUCCGCUCACGACUUGACUGGCUCAGAUCCUUGUGCUCUUGUUUGCUCGGUGUGUUUUCGGGGCGCGGAUGGUGAGAAGCUGAGAUUGAAUGCGAUCGUGCAUGAAGGAGUGAAGUUGGAGGAGGACGGGAAAGCGGAGCUCCGGUUGUUGACUCGUUUGCGUGACGCGCGGAGUCUCCGGGUCGCUCCCCAUCGCGCGCUGGAUGGAUGGGCAUGGGGCAAACGGGAUCUUACUACCGCGGGGCUGAGCGCCUUCUCACCGCCUCUCUGCUGCUUCUGAUCACCCUUUCACUCCUGCUGCACACUGGUGAAAGUCAGGUCCAGACUCCACAGUGCCGUAUCCAGAAGUGCACCACAGACUUCGUCUCGCUCACGUCUCACCUGAACCCGUCUCUGGAUGGCUUUGACACUGAGUUUUGCAAGGCUCUGCGGGCCUACUCAGGCUGCACACACCGUACUGCCAAAAGCUGCAGGGGCAACCUGGUUUUCCACUCGGCCAUGCUGGGCAUUAGUGACCUCAUGAGCCAGAGGAACUGCUCCAAAGACGGACCCACGUCCUCUACACACCCGGCCGUUUCUGUCGAGCCCUGCAACUACCACAGCCGCUUCCAUCAUCAUCAGGCUGCACCAACUGCCACAGGAACAGGGGUCCCUGGCGCACCAGAGCACGCAAGGCCCAACUACCUGUUCUGUGGUCUGUUUGGAGACCCACACCUUCGGACUUUUAAGGACCAGUUUCAGACAUGCAAGGUGGAAGGGGCGUGGCCUCUUAUUGAUAAUAAUUACCUGUCAGUGCAGGUAACGAAUGUGCCAGUGGUGCAGGGAUCAAGUGCCACAGCAACAAACAAGAUCACUGUCAUCUUCAAACCGUAUCAGGAGUGCACAGAGCAGAAGGUGUACCAGGCAGUGACGGAUGACCUGCCAGCGGCGUUCGUGGAUGGCACUGUUGUAGGUGGCACUAGUGAGACGCGCAGCCUUGUGGUGCUGGAAAAGCUGGCGGGUCGCCAUGUGGAGCUGCAUGCCGCCUACAUUGGUGUAACGGUGGUGGUGCGCCAGCUGGGCCGUUACCUUACGCUGGCCGUACGCAUGCCCCACGAGCUUGCUAUGGCCUAUGAUGACACUCAGGACCUGCAGCUGUGCGUGAACGGCUGCCCCGCCUCAGAGCGCAUCGAGCUGCCUGCACUCGGCCUCCAGCAUGGCGGCACUCCCGCUCUCCCUUCUCUCUCUCCACCUCAGCAGGCCUUCAGCCUCGAGAGCGCCUCCAGGAAGUGCAGCGAGCAGCUGCAGGUCCAAGACAUCUAUUUCCACUCAUGCGUCUUUGACCUGCUCACCACCGGCGACGCCAACUUCACCGCCGCCGCCUACAGCGCCCUCAAGGACGUGGAAGCUCUGCACCCCGAGAGGGAGCGCUGGCACAUUUUCCCUCGUUCCACAGCCGGGUUAAGACUGACAGCAGCCCUGAAUGCACUUCUCGUUUGCUUAUUCGCCGCUGCACUUUUGUAAACAGCGUGGCCAUGACUGACUCAACUUUCAUAAUAAAAUUCACGGAAGCACGAGGAGACUUUGUAAACAAUCAGAGCAUUACUUGUAUAUAUUGUGUAGAUGGAGGAGACAGGAGAUGCUCCUUUGUAUGACUGUAAAUUUGUGUACAUGCCAUUUUCAGGAGAGUUGGGGUGCUCAGUGAAUUUUUUUAUGUGUGUGAAAUUUUUGUGACUUUUGUUUUGGUGUCGUCCUUGCGAGAGGAAGUCUGAAUGGAAGCACUUUAUUUUUUUAUUUUGUUGCAACUACAGAACAGUGUUCCACAGAACCGCAGAGCUCAAUAGUCUCGGAUAGCUUGUCUUUUUAAUACCCGCAGGCGCUUUUUCAAACCCUUUACUUGUGUCUGUAUGUAGAUAGGACUUGCCUCACCAUGGUACUCCACAACGACAGUUGGUUAUUUCAAGAGUGCAGUUAUUAGUACAGUAGUAAAUAGUAAUGUGGCUAGAUUUCCAAGGAUCACAGUUGUAACACAACCGCAGUAUGUCUAGAUCUCAUUCCUUGUUUGUAGUCUAGAGCUCAAUAUUGUUGUUGGACUUUUGUGUAAGUGUUGAGUAAAAUAUGAAGAAUUCAAACCAACACAGCAGACAUGGGUUGAAGUAAAACAGGGAUCUUAUAAGGAACUGUUCAGUGGUCUGUUAUCCAUCCGGCAGACCAAAUUUCAUUUCAUUUGCAUUUAAUUCAGUCCUGCGUUUCAUCAGUAACAAUCAGAAUAUCUUUGUAUCCGGCACGACUAACUACAGAUGGCCAAACAUUUUAUAAAUGGACACGUAUUUCAUAAAUUCAGUCUGAUUUGAUUAUCCUUAACCUUUUUCACACUGAAGAAACUGGAUUGCUAAAAUGAGUCACGUUUCGUUUCCAUGUGAUUAGAUGGAACUGCAGCUUUUUCUUCAGCCACUCACAACUAAUGUAUGGCCUUUUUUUAGUCUCUUUCUUGCAAAACAAGGUAGACCAUCAAUUACAGCAUAUCUAUUGUUCAGUAUAAUGUCCUCCAACCAAAGAUUUUGUGUCAUUCUGCUAUUCUUCAUACGAGAGAAUUAGUUUUACCAUAAAGGAUAGUCACUGUGUUCCUGAUUAGCAUGUGAAGCUCAUUACAGUAUGCUUUGCACGCUGACGUCAUGCAGGAACACUGAUGUAAAACCUUUUUUUGCCAGGAUUUAUAGGCUUGCAUCUAAGAAAUUGGGCUUUUUUCUUCCCAGAAGAUGCUUUUUUGGUCUCUUCUUAACAAAGCUUAAGGUCUGUCUGUAACAAAGCUCACUGUGCUUAGCAUUUACAUUUAACUGACUAUGCCAGCAAUGCUUAUUCUUUACGCUGACUGCCUUACAGUGGAUCCUAAAUGAAUCAACACUCCCAUCCUAAAAAGACUUGCUACUGUAGACUCACAUUUUGUACGUUCAUUUGUUUGCAACUACUGCCAGUGCUGAAGAGCUGCUAACAUACUGUGACUAGAUUUUAUUUGGAACACUGGGAUUUUCUGUGAUUGGCCAAAUCCUUGAUAAUUAUUGAUUGGCCAAAUCCUAGAUAGGCUUUAUUUCGCCGUAUAAUAGAAAAGACCAGAGCAAAGCAUCUGAGUGCAAUUAACUGCAAAGAUAAGCCUUCAUCCUGUGUUUUUGCUUUGUUGCGUUUGAUCUUGUGAUUUUUUUUUUUGAGUGAAAUCUGUUUUUGUGAAGAGUGACUGCUCAAUGUUUAUACUUAAAUUAUUUAUGAAAUAUAGUGUAUUGUUAGAGAAGGUCCAUAUUCUUGCUGUUUGGAGAAAAAAAAAAAAAAAACAUUUCAGAUGUGAUUGUACUGCCACCUAGUGGACCACCGUUGUUACAUCAGUGUUUUAGUAAUGUUGCGGCGACUGAAAACAAGGAGAAAAAAUGUGUUUUAUUUAAAAACAUUAAAAGAAAAUACAUACA